GUAGUUGUACGUGGAUAGUGAGCCCAUCUCAAAAACGGGAAUAUAAAUUCUCUUUUUAUUUAUUAAGUCACAAAGUGUAAAAGACUGCAAAAUGGUCACAAAAUAUUUAAUUUCUAUCCUUGUCAUUUCUGUAAGUGGCUCACUAGCACAGAGCUGCCAAAAUCCUCAAGUUGAAGCGGCCUCUUUUACAAGUUUAGAUGCGACAAUUGUAACACAAAUAGCUUAUAUUACUGAGUUCUCUUUAAAGUGUGACAAUCCUCUGCCAGAAAACUACGCUCUGUAUGCAGAAGUAGAUGGAAAAUCAUUAACAGCGGCGCGUGUUGGUGAUAAUAAAUAUCAGGUGUCUUGGACAGAGGAGCCGUCAAGGGCCCGUUCAGGUGUACAUGAGAUCCACAUUCUAGACGAAGAAGGUUUUGCAUCCCUACGACGUGCUCGUCGCUCUGACCCAGCUGCAACAGUCUCACCCCUACUAGCUAUUCAAUUGCAGCACCCUGGCAGCUACUCCGGUCCUUGGGUGAAUUCAGAGGUGCUUGCAACAGCUAUAUCGAUACUCGUCGCAUACGUCGCCCUUAGGAACAAAAGCAAGAUACUCGCUUAGAUAAAUAAUACUUAAAGUUUUGUUUUAUUUUUUAAAUAAAAUUCUUAUUUA